AUGUCAUAUUUAUCUCCGCAUCAGAAUUCCUUAUUGAAUACACCUUCACGAGCUAGUGACACUCAGACAUUUUACACACCGCAAAAGGAUGGAAUCUAUGGAACUUUGUAUAAUAGUCCACUAAUCGCCGAACAAGAAACAGAUGUCUUUAGUAGUUUUGCUGAGGUUUUCCAAAAUGAAACUGCAAGCCUUACAGCUGAAAAAUACGCGGAGACUUGCAAUAAUUUAUAUGAAACUUACACAAAUGCAAUUUAUGGUGGCGGAAGUCGUAUAGAAGAGAAUCUACCGAGAUUUCGUGAAUUGUUUGAAGCGGAAAGAAACACAUGGAUGAUAUUAUACAGAAUGCAACUCCCAUUAAGUGGAGUUGACUCAUUUGCAAGAUACGGUGAAUACCUCGAUCUACGCCAACAUAUUGUACAACGUUGGUUGCAAGAAACUGCACCGCCAUUUGCAUCUGUUGAAACCGUUCCUGAGUAUUGGCCGCAUACAUUGAAAUAUCUCGAGAGACACGAUACUAAAACAAGUUCCGAUCAAAUUGUCACCGAACUUGACCCGGAUGCGCCACAUCGUCAAUCCCGGCAUUUAGUUCAAAAUGAUGAGCAACACGAAAGAGAACUAAAUCGGUCAAUAUUUGAAUAUUUAAGAAGAGGACAAAUUAGGAAAGCAUACGAUAUUUGUAUAAAUAAUGGUCAAAGUUGGCGGGCUGCAAGCUUGGCUGGUUGGGGCGUAUUCUGCGUGUUUCCUGACGAAGAUCAAGUAGAACAACCAAGAGGUAAUCUUGCCAGAAAUCUGUGGGAGGCAACUUGUUAUCAAAUCGAUUCUUACGAAAGAGCUGUCUAUGCGGUCCUUUGUGGCGACUCCAAAAACAUAAUUCCUGUAUGCACCACUUGGGAAGAUUUUCUUUGGGCGUAUUAUAUCGAAUUGGUCAAUCGAAAAGAAAAAAAGCACCUUAGAUGGUUUCCUUCAGAGGCACCGGCCGUCGAAGAAGAAUUGCAAAUAAAACGCGAAACAGUCGAUCUUAAUAUUCCUCAGGUGUUUGAGCGUGCGGAAGGCCACCUUGAAAUGAGAUACCCCAAUUCAAGAAAUGACAUAAUUCAUGCGAUCUAUCACACGGUACAGAAAUAUACUAUAUUAGAUCAGUAUGGAAAAAUUCUUCCUCAUAUUUCUGCACAAAUUUCACAACUUCAAAACCUCGAUAUAUCUGAAGAUUUAAGCGUCGAGAUUCUCCGGUUUGCGACGCAUCUUCUGAUAUAUUUGUGUGAAAUUUUUUUUUACACUCAACGUCCGGAAUAUGAUUCGAUCAUUGAACAAUAUGUGGAUCUCUUGAUUGCUUACAAAAAGCAUGAUUACCUUCUCUUGUAUUUAAAAAAACUGCCUAAUGAACGUACGAUACACUUGUACGCAAAAUUUCUAAAAGGUUUGGGUAUAAUUAGCAAGGAACAAAGAAAGAAGUAUAUUGAUAAAGUUGAUGUUUUUGCGCUGAAUAGAGAGAAUGUGAUUCAAACUACGGUAAAAAUGAUCUUUGAAGAAGCUAUACAGAAGGAACCUGUAUCGCCUCCUAUUUCAAAUGUAAAAUUGUCGAGCGUAAACGCCAAAAUCGAUCCAUUUGAUGAAUGUCAAAUUUCUACUUUGGAAUGGUUCUCUUUUCUUCCCAUGCGAAAAGAACUUAUGCUGAAUGCACUAAUUCAACUUAAUGAUUUAUCUAAGCGACUUUUGGUAUCGGGUAAAUUAAAUGGAAUGAAAAAGAUUAUAGAAUUUCUUGUAGACUUUACCACCAUCAAUUAUUUACUAUACUCAUCGGACGGUAAAGAACCCGCAGUUUAUGAAUUUCUGUCAUAUGAAUGCAUUGUGAAAUUUUUUAUUAAUUACGAGGAUUGGGAGGCUUCGUGGCGACGAAGAUCUUUAAUUAGUGAAGUGUCUGCAAUAGAAGACUGGAAAGAUGAUUUUCAUACUAAGACUUUGAAAGUAAAGGACAGCUUUCAAAAUCUUUUGUCAACGACAAUAGCGCAAAAACUUGAUGAAAAUGAUCAAUUGUAUCAUAUUUAUUCACGACUACGAUGUAUUUAUUUUCCUGAAAUAAUUUUUCUAUAUCAUAAAGUAUUAUUUGAUACACAUCGGAUCGUCGAAGGAAAUUUGAAAGAAAGCCUACACCUUGCUGAUAUUGUAGCGUUUGAUGACCAUCAAUUAUACAAAGAGCUAAAACAAACCAACAAAUUGGCAAGUUUUUUGAAAUUGAUCAGAAAAAGUUCGUGUGAGUUGCUGAAAAUAACUGGGAAUGUUAUAGAGUGA